CAUAAACAUAAUUUAUAAAAUGAGUAAUAAUUCUGAAGAAAAGAAUAAUGAUAUAUAGGAGGAGCCUAUGACAGAAGAAGAAAGAUAAUUUGCAGAUGAAUUAGAUUAGAAAAUUUAGAGUGCAUAAUAAAAAUUGGAUUCAUUAGGAUUAACAUAGGAUAGAUUAAGUUGGUUAUAAGAAACAAUAAAAAAGAGAUAAGAAGAGAGUCCAUUAACAGAAGAAGAGAAAAAAGAGAAAUUUUAAUAAUUAGCAGAUAAAGCAAUAGAUAUACCUACAAUAGAUAGAUAAGGAAGAAAGAUAUUUACAUUGGAAGAGACAUUAAAUAAUUAUAAUAAUGCUUGGGGAAUUUUAAAGUAUAGAGAAUUACCAAUUUGUUGGAGUAAUUUAAAGGAUAAAAUAUUAUUUACAUUACCAAUGACAUUUAUGGCUGCAUAUACUUAUGAAGCUAUGCAAUUAAAAAAGAUUAAUUUAAGUUUAAAAGAAAUGAAAUUUAAAUUAUUGUGUAGAAGUUGGGGUGUAUUUUUUAUAUUGGGAACAACAUUUUGCAUAAUUGAUUCUUUAUAUUUUGAUGAAUUUUGGUAAAUAUAAUAAUGAUUAAAAUAUUAGUGAUAUAAAAUCUUAUCAUUAUUAGACAAAUGAUCGAAAGAAAUUGGCAAGAGAAUUGAGAUCACAAUUAUUGAAUAAACCAAAUAAAAAGACUGAAAAUUGAG